AUGAAACGCCGAAAGCGGUGGCAGGGCCGGCUCCUGCUCGUCGUCGCGGCCUGCGCCGCGCCGGUCGUGGACGCCGGCGCCGCGCUCGACGCCGCGCGGGCCGCCGCCGCGGCCAAGAAAGGGUCCGCGAAGAAAGGCCCGUCCGCCGCCGACCGCGCGCGCGCGGCCCAGGCCCGCGCCACCGGCGCCAAGCCCGCCAAGGCCGACGCGCCGCGCGCCAAGAAAGACGCGCCGCGCACGGCGACGCCCAUCCAGGGCAAGCGGUCGGCGGCGGGCGAGAUCGCGGCGGCCAAGGCGGCGGCGGCCAAGGCGCGCGCGGCGGCGGCGGCCGCGCCGCCGCCGCCGCCGCCGCCUCCGCCGGUAGCGGCGAAGCCCCCACCUCCGCUCGAAGCCGAGGCCGAGCCGCCCAGGAAGGGCCUCUUCGGCUUCGGUUCCAAGGCCAAGAAGGAGGAACCGCCGCCCGCCGUCGUACCGGAGACGACCGCCACGACCACGGUAAAACCAGUGGAGCCCAACGAGACCCUAACAACGACGCCUCAAGCCAAGAAAACGGGCGUCGAGACGUCGGCGAGCGUCUACAAACGAUUAGAACAGGCGAACACGUCGCAAUUACUAGACCUGGUGCUCAAGGUCCCGCUCCGGUCCUUCGAGUUGGCGCACGACUCGCGGACGGGCCGAAGGCAGCUCGGUGCUUUAGGAGAAGAUCUGGAGUACUUCAUGCCCGAGGCCGUCAAUGUGGGCCGGCGGGCCUUCCCGGACCCCGACGACCCGCGCAAGGCCAUUUACGUCGAGAAUUUCGCCCACGUCGAUGCCACGGUGCUGUUCAUGCACUCGUUGGGUGCGACGCAAGAGUUGGCGCGGAGGCAGGAAGUCGCGGAACAGGCGCUCGUGACGCUCACGGACGCCGCGCAACGCACGCAGCAGCGGCUCGAAGUCGUGCGCAGGGCGGCGGAGGCCGAACGGGUCGCGGCCGACGCCGAGCGCAAUUAUACGUUGACGGAGCGGGCCGAAGCGGCUCGAUUGGAAGAGCGACGUCUACUAGCGGAAGACGAAGCGGAGAAAGAUGCGGUAGAAAGGCGAGGAAGAAGAGAGAACGAGACGCUCGCGGGCAUCGACGACGCUACAAGAAAGCGCAUCGAAGACGCCGACGCGAAGAUGCGACUAAGGCAGGUGCGAUCCUUAGAAUUGGAGGAGGAGACGGUAGCCCACGCCGAAGAGCUGAGGAGGCUGACCGACGAAGCGUUGGCCCGCCGCAAGCUCGAGGACGAAUUGGCCAUCGAGGCGCUGCGGGCCAAGGCCGAGCAGGCGCGAGCCGUGGCGGCGGAACGAGCGAAAGCGGAGAUGGAAAGAUUAAAUGAAGAUGUUAGACUGAGGGCCAUGCGUGCUAGAGCGGACGAAGCCAGAAGACGAUUAUUGGCGGCGAUCGCGUUAGCGUUCGACUACAUCGCACGCGGCGCCAUGACGUUGUUGGGGGAGGACCCGCGCAUGCUCGCUCAAUUAGUAGGUGCCGUGAUCGCGUGCGUGGCGGGGGCCUACUUUUCGCGCGAGUUCGCCAUAUUAGCGCGGAACCUCGCCGAGGCCUACUUCGGGCGUCCUAGAUUAGUGAGAGAGACGUCGCGCGUGCGGGCCGCGCGCCUGCGCGACCUGGCCUCUUUUGUGUUCGGCAAGGCCGUGCGGGCGCCGUUGGCCGUGGUGAAGGACCGCGCGCGCGUCGCCGGCGAGGAGGGUUUGCUAUGUGUACGCAUCGUCGUUGAUAGAACGGGCAAUGGGGCAUCCAUCAUCGGUUCCUGGCUGCGCGACGAGGGCACGACGCUGCUCGACGUCUGCCGGGCGCUCGGGCGAUUUGUGAAGAACGGGGCGCUGGCCCUCGUCGAACUGCUAGGUCUGAUUGCGUUCGCGGUGGCGGCGCGCUUGAAAGUGCUCGCAAAACGCAUCGCGCUUCCCAAAAACCAGGCGGCGGCGCGCUUGGCGGCUUUCGACCUCCGGGCGCAGCUCGCCGGCGUCGCUUCAUUUAGACGCAAGGACGCCGCGCGCAUGCGGGGAGAGCGGCGCGACGGAGCCCGCAAGGCACGCAUUGAUGCGGCCGAGCGGCGCCACGCGCGGCUAGCGAAGCGAAUCAAAACGAAGGACCGGCGCGCGGCCCGCGCGGCGGCGGCGAGAGCUUCUCGAAGAGCGCGUGUCGCCGACGCGCGCCGGGCGAGAAUUGAAGAGAAGGCCGAGGCGUUGGUAAAAAGGGAGACGGAUUUUCUGGAAGGCGUCGUCCUGCCGCCGGGCCUGCGGGAGCGCCUCGUGCGCCUCGCGACGGCGACGCGCAACGCGAAGCAGAACCGGAGCCCCUUCCGCCACAUGCUGCUGCACGGCCCGCCGGGCACGGGCAAGACGCUCUGUGCCAAGCGUUUAGCUAAAGCGACGGGCCUGGAGUACGCGCUGAUGAGUGGCGGCGACGUCGGCCCGCUCGGGCCCGAGGGCGUCACGGCGCUCCACGCCUUAUUCCGGUGGGCGCGGACGUCGACGCGAGGCGUGCUGGUGUUUAUCGACGAGGCCGAGGCGUUCCUCGCGUCGCGGGCCAACGGGAGAUUAACGGAGCACAUGAGGAACGCGCUGAACGCGUUUUUGUAUCAGACGGGCACGCAGUCGCCCCAUUUUGUCUUGGUGCUGGCGACGAAUCGCGCGUCGGAUUUAGAUGAAGCGGUGUUAGAUCGGACGGACGAGGAGAUCUACGUCGGGCUGCCGGACCUACCGGGGCGGCGGACUCUAGUUAGAUUGUAUUACGGCAUUUACUUAAGAAGGCUGGCGGAGCUGUCGACGUCUCGCUUAGCUAGAUUGUGGCGCGUCAUACGACGGCUGCCGGCACCGUUGAAGGUCGAAGAUGGAGUGGAUGAGGAAAAAACCUUCGACGCGAUUGCGGACGACACGCGCGGCUUCUCGGGUAGGGAAAUAGAGAAGCUGUUCGUGGCCGUGCAGGCCGUGGCUUAUGGUUCGGGCGGCGUGUUAGAUUUAGAUACCUUCCUCAGUGUAGUAAGACACAAGGUGGCCGAACAUAGAAACAAGGCGCUGAUGAACGACGCCGGCGACGCGCGGCCGCCGUCGGCGCUCAAGAAGCCGGCGCGGUCCUGGAUCACGGACGCCCAGGCCGGCUUGGACCACGAGGACUCUCCAAGUAGAGCCGAGGUCGUCUCCGUGUUUCUGGACGACGACGAGGAGUCGCUCUACGGUGAUGAAUCAGUGAUGGGCUUCGAGUCGCCCGAAGCUAGACUGAAGAGCCCGCCGGGCUCGGACCCGCGCUUCCGGUCGCCGCGCGCGCGCCGCGUGCGGUCGCCCGAGGCGUCGCCGGGGGGGCCGCCGAACUCGAACAAUCCUUUGACGCCGCCUCCACCAAAAGGCGACAGCCCGGGGCCCAUGCGCGACGCGCGGCAUACGCCCCGCAUGGCUCUGUCGUCGCCCUUCGAGGCGGCGAUCGCUAAACGAAGGGGCGAGGUCGAAUUCGCGGUCGAGGAGGAUAAAAGUGUGUGA